UACCUAUUCUGGUGGAGCGGACUAUGUAGACGUACUUACCGGUGGAAAGCUGUAGUUAAACUGAAGGGGUUGGUUGAUGUUCGUGGGCGCAUAGGGGCGGAUGGCGGAGGGAGGGGUGGAGAGAACAUUGUUUAGGUACUGUUUACGUUUAUCAGGAAUUAAAAAAUGGAGUUGUUGCUCUCUGGAUAUGUUUCGUUUAAAUGAACGCUUUUUAACGUUACUGUAUAUGUGGAAUUUUUCUAGUACGCUGAUGUAACUAUCCUUUUUUGCUUCUUCGAUCAUUUACAUUGUAUCUUCUAAGGUGCCAUAUGAGGGUCCAUACUUUUUAUUAAUAUUUUAGAAAAAUCCUGUGUUAGGUUUAUUAGUUUGAAUAUCACUGAUAUGUUCCUUGAACCCAAUUUUGAAAUUUCUGCCCGUUUGUCCUAUAUAAUGUUUAUGGCAGUUUUGACACAGCUUACACAAUGCAGUCUUUAGGAAAGUUAAAAAUAACAUAAUGGCGACAACGUGUAGGCCUGACAAAUACAGGAUACUAUCAAGGAUUUGCUGGGAAGGACUCAAUCGAACCACUAUCAGAAUAGCCGACCUUAGGGCCUAGAAUUGAACCCGGGGCCCCUCGAAAACGAAGCACUACGUUCAUUUCCAUGGCAGCCCCUCAAGUCCUUCACUGUGGUGCUAUUUCUAGUACAUAGCUACGGGCAAAGACUUUUAACGGGAACGGAAGAGUACUUCCACAAUGUGUUACAGCAAGCAAUGGACAGUUUACAGAGAAACAGUAAGCCAGAUAGCGAUUCGAAUGGGAAACAAACUGGAACUACUAACAGUUGCAUUCAGUUUAAUGUUUCUUACGAAACCAUACGCGUUCACAACUAAAUUUUAUACCUUGAAGCAAACUUCAAGAAGUAAUGGAACAGUUGCACCCACCAAUUAUAAAAUGUGGUCAAGCAAUUCAAAUUACACUCUGGUAAAAAAAUAUGCUUCACAUCAACCUACAUCACUUCUUGACGAACUGUCCGACAUAACAUACCAAGAAACACUUCACAAGAUCAGGAAGAGACGUUCCUUUAAUGGCGUAACAUUUAUCAAACCAAUAAAGCAUAUAGUUAAAAGAAUACUAUCUAUAUAUUACAAAUAUAAGCCUGAGAUACAGCUGAUUACAUGUGUAACGAGACACUUCAAUGUCCAGAUACACAACUUGUUCCAGCAGCAGGGUCAUCAACGAAUCAGAGCACCAGCCAAUAACGGCAGUCAUCUCGCUAACAAGUCGUAUGACAGUUCACAAAUGAAAAACCAGCUAAUUAAAAUUUCAAAAAUAACCAAUGAAUCUGCAGCAGACAGCGAUGUGAAUAAUUUUAAAAAAUAUGAUGAAUACCCAACUGGAAAGAACGAAGAGUUGCUAGACGGAAUUAUGUAUCAAGUUGUUCGUGAAUGUCUUACAGCCGUAGUGGAUUUAGCACCUCGACUUGGAAGACUACUGUACGUCGUCUACAAUGUCUGGAAAUGGAGUGAGCGAGUGACAGAACUCGUUAACAGGAACCAGAUGGCUCUUUGUAUAAGGAAAUUCAUAGAGAAGAAGUUUUGGGACUGGAUUGAUACGGACAAAUAUGAAUUAAUUUAAAAAUAUAGACAAAAUUUGUGACUCACAAUCUCGUCACCUUUAUUCCUGCUUCGGGAUGUGUUUCAAGAAAAAUAAACAAACUGGAGGAUAACAUUAUGAUGGAUCUUUGGAAAACAAUUUGAGGAUGGAGGUCAGAAGGAAUUGUACAAUGUUUCAACAUUAAUGGCACUGAAGCUUCUGGUUCUAUACACCUCUGCAGAUAAACAGAAAUGUCUUUGUACUCAGUGCAUCAACAGCCUUUUUCAUAAAAUAAAUAAAUAAGAAACAGAAGAUUUCUGUUUUCCGGGUUGUUGCACUGUGUAGUCUGGUAGAUG